UCAACACGCAGUGAAAAAACAAGAGACCGCGUAAACUCAAAAUUUCCCGCCAAAAUCACAGUAUCCACUUUAUUACAUUUCUAAUUUCUCUCCGUCGCCAGCUCUUCUUUUGUUCAUUGUCCUCUUUCCGUGUUUCCAAAAACCUCCACCGAAUCGCACGAUAAUGGUCUCUGCAACUCCCGAAAGCAAGAAACCAAACCCUAAAACUAAAAAUGUAUAUCACAUCGGUGGAAUCAAAGUGGAAUUUCCGUAUCAACCGUAUGGAACGCAGCUCGCUUUCAUGGGAAGGGUCAUUUCUACCCUCGAUCGAGCUCAGAAAGACGGCCAUUGCCAUGCACUGCUUGAGUCACCUACUGGUACAGGGAAAUCCCUCUCUCUUCUUUGCUCCACUCUCGCGUGGCAACAGAACUACACGUCCAAACAACAGCAAGCCAAUCAGUCUCAUCAAAAACCCAAUCCCGAGGCAAUGUCCGAUCCUCUGGCCCAUGGCGGUGGAUUUAUUCCGGAGACACAGCCUUCAAGUAUUCCACCUUCUGGGAAUGCAGAGCCACCCCAAUCUGUAGCAGUUAACAAAAGUCAGAAGAAAAAGGUUGCACCCACCAUAUUUUACUCAUCGAGGACGCAUUCACAGAUUUCUCAAGUGAUCCGCGAAUAUCGGAAAACGGCAUAUCGGGUGCCAAUGGCAGUGUUGGCUUCAAGAAAACAUUACUGCACAAAUGCACAUGUACGUGGGGGAGAGAAUAUUGAUGAAGAAUGCAAACUACUCUUGAAAGAUCCAGAUGCUGGGUGCUCACAAUUCAAAAAUGCAAAUAAGGUCAAAGCUCAUCCAUCACUUCAAAGUGGAGGUUGCCAUGAGGUCCACGAUAUUGAAGAUCUUGUUAAAGUUGGAAAAGUUGUUAAAGGUUGUUCAUACUAUGCAGCUCGCUCAAUGGCAGAUGAUGCACAGUUAAUUUUCUGCCCAUACAGCUAUAUAAUUAAUCCAGUCAUCCGAGGAGCAAUGGAUGUAGACAUUAAAGAAGCCAUUAUUAUUCUUGAUGAAGCCCAUAACAUAGAAGACAUUGCUCGCGAUGCUGGAAGUGUAGAUAUUGAAGAAGAGGUUUUAUAUAAAUUGCAGAUGGAAUUACAGGAACUCUGUAUGCUCAAACCCGCAAUUUACCAACCCUUACAUGAUAUGGCACAGGAUUUGUUAAGUUGGAUUAACCGGAGGAAAAGCACAUUGCAGAAACGUGAAUUUCAGCACUACUGUUCUUGUUGGAGCGGUGAUAAGGCCCUGAGGGAGCUUGAAGAGGCUAAUAUUUCACAGCAGUGCUUUCCAAUCUUGCUGGAUUGUGCCACAAAGGCAAUUAAAGCUGCAACAGAUGCGGAAUCUGACACAGAUCAUUUAAGUGGCAUGUCAGUCAUAGUGUUGGAAGCAGGGUUAUUCUGUUCACUUACUUAUUUCUUCUCAAGAAAUGGUUGUCACACAUCUGACUAUCAGCUUGCUUUGCAACGAUCUAUUAAAAGAGAUAGAAAAAAUCCUGUUGGUGACUGGAAGCACACUUUAAGUUUAUGGUGCUUGAAUCCAGCUGUUGUUUUCGGAGACAUUGCUAAUAUUUCUUUGUCAGUCAUUUUAACCUCUGGAACUCUAUCACCAAUGAAUUCCUUCUCAUCUGAGCUGGGAGUUCAGUUCGGAACUUGUCUGGAAGCACCGCAUGUAGUUGAUACCGAGUCACAGGUGUGGGCUGCUGUAAUAUCCACUGGUCCUGAUAAUUAUCCACUGAAUGCAAGUUACAAAACAGCAGAUGAGUUUGCUUUCCAGGAUGCACUUGGAAAAACGUUGGAGGAUAUUUUCACGGUUGUCCCAGCUGGUUCUCUUGUGUUCUUCCCAAGUUAUAAGCUUAUGGAAAAACUGUGCAAUCGUUGGCGUGAAACUGGUCAAUGGUCUCGACUAAAUGUGGAAAAGAGCCUGUUUGUCGAGCCAAGAAGAGGAAGCCAGGAGGAUGAUUUUGACUCCGUUUUGACGGGUUAUUAUGAUUCUAUUCAUCAACGUACCAAACAUACUGUUGGAAAAAAGAGAAAGAUAAAAAAGAUAGACCAAAAUCACUUCAAGGCUGCAGAACCCACAGAAAAUUCUCAAAAAGGAGGAGCUGCUUUUCUCGCUGUUUGCCGGGGAAAGGUUUCUGAAGGAAUUGACUUUUCUGAUGAUAAUGCUCGAGUGGUCAUAGUAGUUGGUAUUCCAUUUCCAAACAUACAUGAUAUUCAAGUCAGUCUAAAGAAGAACUACAACGACAUAUACAAAACAUCCAAAAAACUUCUAAGUGGGAAUGACUGGUACUGUCAUCAAGCCUUCCGAGCUCUGAAUCAAGCUGCAGGACGCUGUAUACGGCAUAGGUUUGACUAUGGAGCCAUCAUCCUGUUAGAUGAGCGUUAUAACAAAGAGCAGAAUAAAGCAUACAUUUCAAAGUGGUUAAAGAAAUCUGUUCGCCACUAUGACAGCUAUAAAACCUCACUGGAGGGAUUGAAGUCCUUUUUCAGAGAUGUCAAGGGCAACAUUGGCAAGAGAACGGUGGAUCUCUUGCUGAAUUCUGACACUAGCAAGGGGAAAAACAUGACUGCUGGUGAUCAAGUAAAAGUUUGUGCUCGAAAUGAAAAACAGAUGUUGAACAAGUCUGAUCAUUCUGGAGGGACACCAGUGCCCUUGGCCAAGUGCGAUGCAACUUCUCCUGAAAAGUUUGAAGAUGAUGUUGAAGGACAAGCAUCUAUGCGAAUGAAUGAGGACAUUGACAGUCAGAGAGAAAUUAUUGACCUAGAAUGUGACUUUCAGAAAGAUUCAAGUUCAAGGUGCUCUGAGGCAUCCUUCCAGGACUAUCCAGAAGUAACCCUUGUGAAGGAAACCCCUGGUAUGGGCUGCACUGGAGCCACAACCAAGUCCAGUUCUUUCUCUAAGGAUGGGAACUCUAGUUUAACCAUGGUUCAGGCCUCUGCUGAGUUUAUAGAUCAAGUGUCGUCCUGUCCCUUGUCUCCAACAAAUGUGAGCAAAGCUGUUCGCAAAUCCCAGUGUUUAGCUGAAGUGACUCCCAAAAAAGACUUCACUGAAAACACCUGCAACCUGAUGCCAGAAGCAGAGUCAACCCUUAAUUUGAGUGUUAAUUCUCAUACCCAGAAAAAGAGCAAGUGCAUGGUCUGGCCAUUAAUUGACCUUGUUGAAGAAAAAUCUGAUUCUCCCAGCGCUCAAACUCCUGGCUGUGUUAGUUUCAUAAGAAACACAGUUGCUAAUAAAGAUGCAAAUCGGAAGAUCGAAUUUGAUUUUCCAACUAACCCUUCAGAAUGCCAGUCCACUAAGUCAAGAGCAUCCCAAUUUCUCCCGGUGGGCAAUUGUGCUCCAUCAUAUAUCUCUUCUGAUCCUGCCAUGGACCAGAAAUUACUCAUUUCUUGUUCACGCUGUAAUAGCCCCUUGGGUCUUUCUGAAAACCAGCUAUAUGUUAGGUGCUCAUUGACUUCAUCAUCAAAAGUUUACUUAAUGUCUCUUGUGAAUGGAGGAUUGGAGCCUUGCUCUGAGAAUGCAUCAACAUGCAUACCUGUUCUCAUGACUGAUAUCACAUCAGUAGAUCAGCGUCUCUGCAAUAAUACUAUCAAAGAUAAGCCAGGACGGGGUGUUUGGUGUGAAGAAGAUGGGUGUGUUUUCCAUUCUCUCUUUUGUCCCUUCUGCAACACCUCCAACUGUCUCGGAGUGCAAAUCAUGGCUACUGAUGCAUCAAAUGUUCAAUUACUUAACAAGAUAUUGUUUUAUUUAGAUCGUCUCGACAUUCAGAAUCCUGAAUCAGCAAUGGGGGAAUCAAGUGAAAAGGAUUUGCCAGACAGCCAAGGCGUGGAUAAAAUUUCUGCUUUCAACUCCAUUGGUAGAUUUUCAUAUUCCCCACAGCAGAAUUCCGGAGGUUGGAGGGCUACAAGGCCAAAGCUGAGGCUACCAAACAGAGGCCAAGUUUCGAACAGAAAGUAAACUCUUUGUACAUUGCAUAUGGCCAGCUUGGAUGUAUAAUUUUGCCAUUUUUGUUUUCACUUAAGAGUGAUAAUUAUUACUAUUAGUAUAAAAUAGGCUCAGGUCUGUCUACUCACAAGUGCAUGUGACAGUAAAAACAAGUCAUUGUAAAUUAUGUAUAAUAACAGGAUUCUGGCUUCAUUUCACUGCUGUUUUGAUCGUGUAGAUCCUUGUGUGUUGAGCACUGGCACAAGGAAUUGAUAUUCAACAGAGAAAGUUUAGUUAAUUGUCCCGACUCCCA